GAGAAAAAUAGUCACAUUGAUCAACGUAGCGGCCGGGUAAGGGUGGCAGGAGGUGUGUGAUGGUUCACCAUGGAUUACAGCAGCGGGGGCGGCCAGCACCUCGAUUACGCCCACACACUCUCACACCAGCUCAACCAACUCAACCUCAGCUCCACAGGCCAACAGCUUGGCGCCCAGGAAGGAAAUUAUGGAGGGAGGAACGGCAGCCAUGGUCCAGGUCAUCAAGGCUACCUACCACAGCAGCUGCAGGAACCCAUGCAACAGAUGCAGCACCAGCUCCAGCAUCAGCAGCAGCAGCAGCAACAACAACAACAUCAACAACAACAACAGCAACAACAACAGUUCUUUCAUCAGCAGGGUCAGGAACAGUUGAAUUAUGGAUUGACAGGUAUGCCCCAUAAGAGCCAGUCACUCUUGGGGACAACCCAAAUCUCGUCGUCUGCACAUCAUCAGUUUUCUCCUAAUCACCAAGUUAGUUUAAGUCUACAGUCACCACAUAUCACACCUGCACCCUCACAGACUUCCUCACCAAUACGCUCUGCAUUAGGGACUGCGCAUCUGGGCUCCUCCACUCUUGGUUCUAGACUUAAUGAAGGUAACGUUGUUGGCGUCGGUUCUCCUUUGCCUGUACACACACGCUUAGGUGGAGCACAUCUGGCAUCCAGCGUACCGGGCUCAUCACAGCCUCAGGAACAGCCGUCUUCUUUGUCUUUCACGUCUCAGCUGCCCAUGCAGGAGCGCCUGAGUGGAACUCAUUUGGGAACAAGCUGGAAUGCCACAGGUGGUCAGACUUCAGGAUAUUCACAUCAGAUCCAUGCAGCGUCUCAACAAAUUAAUCGAGGAGGGAACCUUGACAUGCUUGGGGGAAACCAGUAUGGGAUGCCACUUGUUAAUGGCCAGAUGGCUGCUGGUAUUCACUCACAGCAAGAAUUGCAAUAUCAGAACCAGAUGCAAUAUAACAGCAUGCAGUACUCAGCACCUCAGCAGCACUACAGUGCCUAUGAUCAGGUUCAGGCAUUUCCUCAAACAGGUAAUUUCCAGUUCAAUGUCAACUACAUCGAAAGUUGUGAUCCAAACUUAUAUCAAGAUUAUUAUUAUGGGGAUUACCAGUACAAUGGCAGCUAUAAUGGUUCCAUGGAAAAUCUGGAGCCAAGUUAUCUGGGGAUACCGUCUGGUGCACAGGCGACCACACCAUAUGGGGAUGAAACGGUGGACGACCUUGGACCGGAGGAGGUCCGAUGGUUCUAUAAAGUAGAAGCAGACAAAAAAUGGACUCCGUUCAUUGGCUACGACUCUCUUCGUAUAGAGUGGAAGUACCGAGACUUACUUCAAGAUAAAACACCAGUAGGAACUGAAACCUCGUCGUUUGUAAAUCUAGGUGGGAGUACAUCACCCAAGGAGGAGGAGAAAGGGAAAUCUCAAGUCAAGCAGAGAAUUGUAGUCCGUGGAGGACUAUAUGAGGUAGACGUGAAGCAGCGCAAGUGUGAGAGCAUAUACUGGCAAGGGGAGAUUUUUAUAAUAUCUCGAGGAACAUGGUUUUAUGAUGGCACUUGGGGACCUGUGGAGGAAAUGAAAGCUGAUCGGAUAGAGUUGGAACAUCUGACUCACUUCAGAGGUCAUCUUAUGACCUCUCAGAAGGUGGAUGACACCACUAAAGAGGUAGUCCACAGUUUAUCACUUCCUGAGGGUGAAGUGGACUGGUUCAGUGCCUCUGAAGUGUACCUGUCCUCAGAUGCUACACCCUCACGACUUAUGCGUUCUGUUGGGAAGAAAUUUGGCUUUCAGAAGACUGGAUACAAACUGCACCGAGGCUACAGUAUAGAUGCCACAUCCAGUGACAAGCCGCCAGAUAUCAAUCACAUUGUGUUUGUCAUCCAUGGCAUCGGCCAGAAGAUGGAACGUGGACGCAUCAUCAAGAACUGCACUGCGUUGCGUGAGAAUAUUAGCUACCUAAAGCACAAGUACUUCCCUUCUAUUGUCAAUUCAAGCCACACCGUGGAGUUCUUCCCUGUAGAGUGGCGGUCAUCAUUGGUUUUGGAUGCUGGUGUCAUUGAUUCGAUCACACCCCAGAAGAUACUCAACCUACGGCAAAUGCUGAAUGCUUCCUUCAUGGACAUUAUGUACUACAACAGUCCCUUGUACAGGGAUGAGAUCAUAACGGGCCUGACAGGGGAGAUGAAUCGCUUAUAUACAAUGUUUACCCAACGAAAUCCAUAUUUUGAGGCCAAUGGUGGCAAGGUGUCAAUGGUUGCUCACUCUUUGGGCUGUGUCAUCACAUAUGAUAUAGUCACUGGCUGGAACCCUGCUCAACAGUUUGAUCAGCAGCUUGUGCAUUCUUUGUUUGAUCAGAUCGACAAAAGCAGAGAAUUAAAGACUACUUCACAGAUAUCUCUUAAGAAAAACUUACAGGAUAUUCUCUUGCAACAUGAUUCAAAGCGUUUACAGCCAUCCUUAAACUUCAAGAUAGAAAAUUUCUUCUGCCUGGGUUCUCCACUGGCAGUGUUCCUAGCUUUACGCACGAAACACUCCCAAGGAGCGACCCCAGACAUCAUUCCUCAGAAGUUAUGCAAGCGUCUCCUCAACAUUUUUCAUCCAGCUGAUCCAGUGGCAUACAGAAUUGAGCCUCUUCUGUGUCCAGAAUACUCUAAUAUUGCCCCAGUGUUGAUUCACUCCUACAAUGCAGCUGAAAAAAUACAUUACAGUGAGAUGCCACUUGAGCCAAUUAUUGUGUCCCGUGAAAAAGACAGAGAGGGUUGGGAUAAAUCGAGAGCAGACUCUGGGAAUAACACACCUGUUUCGUCUGUGCCAAGUACACCUGUAAAAGGAGGGACAAGUUCCUGGAGUUUAUGGGGAUUAAUGAAGGGAAGCAAAAAGCCUGCUGAGGCUGGUGCCAACAGUCUGGAACUGCUUAGUGCUCUCCAGGAUGCAAAAGGUUUGUCAGACCGCACAGAUUUUGUGCUGCGGGAAGGCAGCAUGGAGAAUAGUUACAUCUCGGCAAUCACCUCACAUACGGCGUAUUGGAACAACUAUGAUGUAUCACACUUCUUGCUGAGCAUCCUGUACCCUGAUAUAGUGUCUACUGUUUAUAAACCAGAGGUUGCCAAGCCUUAACUCCCUACCUUGCCUAUCUAUCAAAUAAGACAUUCCUUCUGCUUACACUGUAGUUAUGUCUCAGACAAAACUUCUGAUGUGUAAUAUAAGCAGCUUUAUCAAAAUGAAAUGCCCUUUAGUACGAGGCUGCUGCUGUUAUGUUACAAGUGUUGUGGAGGCAGUCUUUCAUGUUAGCAGGAGGACAGAUCCAUUCAUAUAGGGAAAUUUAAGGAAUUUUUCUUAAGUGAAAUAGCAGAGAUGCAAAUUCAAAAUGUGUGAUAGAACUGAAGGUGAGCAAUUGAAGUCAUGUCACCUGCCUCUUUGCUGCUGCUGAAGUAUAAGGAUAAAGCCAAAAUAUGGAACACUAUCAUAUGCAAGUUUAUACAUCUGUGUCCUCAUAUAGAUGUCCCAUUUAUACUGAAGGAAAAAACAUGGCAUUCUAACUGUAAUGAAUGUAAGAUUUCUCUGAUGAUUAAUGUUGUUCCCAUUUGAUAUAAAAUUGUGAUAUUGACAGUGGAUGUGAAGAGUGUGCAAAACUACCACUUAUUUUUUUUUAGUGUAGAUUUGAAUAUAUUUCAGAAGUUUAGCUUUAUAUUUCUGUGAUAUAGUAUUUAUUCUAUUAGUAUCUUAGAUUUUUAUAUUGAGCCUGAUUGAUUACUUAUCUGUAUUAACUUUUAAUCAUAAUUUGUUUAUAUUUACAUUCAACUUUAUAAAUCCAAUAGCUCAACAUAUAUUCUCAAGGCAUUGCUUGUUUUACAAAUAGUAUAUAGUUUUAGUCAUUGCAGAAGUGCACUGGGGGAAUUGACAAAUAUGAGGAAUGUAUCUUUUUAUUAACAGUGUUUAUUGAUGGAUGAGUAAGAGGAUAGCAUCUGUGCCUAAUGAUAAGCUGGAUAAGAGUUUUUUCCGAUGUGAUGGUCUGGGUGGGGUGGGGUAUUCUUAACAGGUCAUCAUGAAAUGGAUGGAUAUAUUCCACUCCAGAUUAGCUUUAAUUAAGGCCAGAAAUGCAUUGUUCAUUGUUGACCAAAAUCUUUUAACAUUGUCAGUAUCAAUUUAAGCUAAGAAGACACAAAUGAAGGAGAUGUGGUGAUAAAGGAGAAACACUGUAUUUUUAAUGUGUGGGGCAGAGGAAUAAGCCAGUAUUGGGAGGGUGGUAUUCUUUGUGGUGUGUGUAAAGCUGGUAAUUUUAUGGGUGUCAGGUCCAGAAUAAGCUCAUCCAUCCUGCUCAGUAGGUGUCACUUUACAGACCAGGGGGGGGGG